AUGGGCGACGUUCAGAUUCAUACAUUUACGAAGCCCCCGUCGCCCUUGCAGGGUGGCGCGAAGUUGAACAAGUUCUCCAGCCAGUUGACCCAGGAUAAGGCGCGAGGGGGAGCUCAAGCUAUGUUGUACGCUACUGGACUGACCGAGGCGGACAUGAACAAGCCUCAGAUCGGCAUCUCUCCAGUGUGGUGGGAAGGAAACCCGUGCAACACCCAUCUACUCGACCUUGCCAGAGUCGUGCAGGAAGGAUGCAGAGAGGAGGAGAUGCUGGGGCUGACGUUCAGCACCGUUGGGGUGAGCGAUGGUAUCACCAUGGGUACAGUUGGCAUGCACUACUCACUUCCAAGUCGCGAUAUCAUCGCGGACUCUAUCGAGAUGGUGGUUACAGCGCAACACUACGACGGCAACAUCGCCAUUCCCGGAUGCGACAAGAACAUGCCAGGCUGCGCCAUGGCGGCUGCUCGUCACAAUAGGCCCACGAUCAUCGUGUACGGCGGCACCAUCAAGCCCGGCGAGCGCCAUGUCGACUGUCCGGCUCUGGGGUACAAGAAGGGCGACACUGUGAACAUCAGCGACGCCUUCGAGUCCUAUGGCGCAUAUACCGUCGGCCAGAUUGACGACGAGCAACGCUUCGAUGUUGUUCGUCAUGCUUGCCCAGGCCCGGGAGCUUGUGGUGGCAUGUACACGGCGAACACCAUGAGUACCGCACUGGAGGUCAUGGGCAUGUCCUUGCCCUACUCGGCAAGUAUCCCUGCGACAUACGCUGAGAAGAAGAAAGAGUGCUUCCGCGCCGCGGGCUACCUGAAGAAGCUUCUCGAGCUCGACAUCAAGCCUCGCGACAUCAUGACCCGCAACGCCUUCCUGAACGCGAUCGCCGUCAUCAACGCCAUCGGCGGCUCGACUAACGCAGUUCUGCAUCUGCUCGCGAUGGCGCGCUCAGCCGACAUUGAGCUGACCAUCGAUGACUUCCAGCGUGUCGCGGACCGAACGCCUUACUUGGCGGAUCUCAAGCCGUCGGGCAAGUAUUACAUGGAGGACCUGCAUCGCGUCGGCGGCAUCCCUGCUAUCAUUAAGUACCUCCUGAACCACACCGACCUCAUCGAUGGUUCGCAGAUGACUGUCACAGGCCGCACUCUGGCGCAGAACCACGAGGAUGUGCCCGAAGUCGACUUCAGCGCGGGGCAAGACGUCGUACGCCCCUUGUCGGACCCGCUCAAGCCUACUGGUCACCUCACGAUCCUGCGCGGCAACCUCGCACCCGGAACUGCGGUUGCAAAGCUGACUGGUAAAGAGGGUACACGCUUCGAGGGCGUGGCGAAGUGCUUCGACAGUCUCGAGCCGUUCUAUCCGGCUCUCGCUGCUGGGGAGAUCAAGCCGGGGAUGGUCCUCAUCUUCCGCUACCAAGGUCCCAAGGGUGCUCCCGGAAUGCCAGAAAUGCUGGGUCCGACGGGAGCCAUAGCAGGCGCAGGCCUGGCGAAGUCGACUGCCCUUAUAACCGACGGCCGGUUCUCGGGCGCCUCGCGCGGCUUCAUCAUCGGACACGUUGUGCCCGAGGCGCGUUUGGGCGGUCCGAUUGCGCUGGUAAGGGACGGGGACAAGAUCACUAUCGACGCUGCAAGCCGCACCAUCGACUGGGAUGUGAGCACCGAGGAGCUAGCAAAGCGGCAGGCGGAGUGGGCCGCUUCCGACCGGUCGAAGUUGACCGUCAAGCGAGGGGUGCUGAUGCGCUAUGCGCGAGAUGUCGCGCCUGCGAACGAGGGCGCAUACUGCGACUGA